ACUUUUCACCAAACUCUUUUUUUUAGUACAGGGACUCCAUGUUGUCGUAGAAAUGCGGCAAUAUCACACGUCUGGAAAUCGUAAAGUGUGAGCACAGUGUUUCCACUAAUCGCACUCGUGUGUGGAAAAAGAUUGGCAUCCAGUGAUAUUUCUCAACGCCUACUUUCCCAAUAUAUAAGCACAUCUUCUGUGCCGCUAUUCUAGUUCCUUCGGUUGCAACAUCGAUCUCUAGCUAGCCGAGACAUUGACGACUUAGGCUAUCUUAUCUACGUCUCCCACUCCCACACCACCUUCUGCGCUUGAUCAGCUUCCUGGCCACCUCGCUAGCCUCCUGCGCGGAUCGAUCCAUCGAGGCGUUGUAGGCAGCGGCAUGAAGGUGCAGUGCGACGUGUGCGCGGCAGAGGCGGCCUCCGUCUUCUGCUGCGCCGACGAGGCCGCGCUGUGCGACGCGUGCGACCGCCGCGUCCACCGCGCCAACAAGCUCGCGGGGAAGCACUGGCGGUUCUCCCUCCUCCACCCCUCGCCCUCCUCCUCAUCGUCCUCGUCCUCCGCCCAGAAGCCGCCGCUCUGCGACAUCUGCCAGGAGAGGAGGGGGUUCUUGUUCUGCAAGGAGGACAGGGCGAUCCUGUGCUGGGAGUGCGACGUGCCGGUGCACACCGCCAGCGAGAUGACGAGGCGGCACAGCCGGUUCCUUCUCACCGGCGUGCACCUCUCGUCGGCGCCGGUGGACUCCCCCGUGUCAUCAGAGGAAAAUCAGGAGGAGAACAGCAGCGGCAGCCCCCGCAACGCCGAUCCUUGCAGCGGCGGUGCCGGGGCGACCACGGCGAGCGCGAGCGACGGGAGCAGCAUCUCCGAGUACCUGACCAAGACGCUGCCCGGGUGGCACGUCGAGGACUUCCUCGUGGACAGCGCGUCCGCUGGCAUCGCCGACUGCUCUGGCGGCCUCUAUCAGCGUUCAGAUUGCCUACGGGCUUCAUCGUGUCUUCUUCCUCGUACCCCCUUUCGUCUUCCCCUUGCCUCCUGCGAAUCCAAGCGUCGAGUGUGUUCACAAGGAAGGGGUCUCGGUACCGCGAUGCUUUGGCGUGUGAACAAUCCACUCGGCUUCAGACCGAUGGAGAUGCAGUGCUUCGUCCUGUUCAUCUUGCUGUGCUAUCUAACCGCUCGAUUUGCUGCCGCAUAUGAUCCGAUGGAUCCGAACGGGAACAUCACAAUCAGCUGGGAUUUUCAGAGCAUCGACAGCACCGGCAGCACGUACACGGUCAUGGUGAGCAUCCACAAUAACCAGCUGUACCGCCACAUCGAGCAGCCGGGGUGGCGGCUGAGCUGGAACUGGGCCGGCAAGGAGGUCAUCUGGGCCACGACGGGCGCGGAGGCGACGGAGCAGGGCGACUGCUCCCGCAUCGGCGCCGCUAAACCCCCGCAUUGCUGCGAGCCGCGGCCCGUCAUAGUCGACCUGCCGCCCGGCACGCCGUACAACCAGCAGGUCGCCAACUGCUGCCGCGGCGGCGUGCUGUCGUCCCUCACCCAGAACAACAUGACAUCCACCGCCGCGUUCCAGAUGACCGUCGGCGAGUUUGCGUAUGCCAAAGACCACAAUGGCAGCAGCAAGGGUCCCGAGAAGCCGUGGGACUUCAACAUUGGCGUGCCGGGGUACACCUGCAGCAACGCGACCGAGGUGCCCGCGACCCGGUUCAAGGUCGACAAGCAGCGGCACGUCCAAGUGCUCCUGACAUGGCAGGUGACCUGCUCGUACUCGCAGUACAGGGAGUCGGCGUCGCCGUCGUGCUGCGUCUCCCUCUCGGCGUUCUACAACAGCACGAUCGUGGCGUGCCCGCAAUGCAGCUGCGGCUGCCAAUGGUCCCCACCGGCGCCGCAAUGCGUCAGCGGGAGCGACCGCUCGACGGCGCUGGCGCUGCCGCACGGGGACGACGAGCCGGCCGCGCCAAUCGUUCGGUGCACCGAUCACAUGUGCCCGGUCCGGGUGCACUGGCACGUGAAGGUGAACUACCGGGAGUACUGGAGGGUGAAGGUGACGAUCUCGAACUACAACCUGGUGAGGAACUACACCGACUGGAACCUGGUGAUGCAGCACCCGAACCUGCGGAGCCUGACGCAGCUGUUCAGCUUCAACUACCAGCCUCUCAUCGAGUACGGCACCUACAAUGACACGGCGAUGUUCUGGGGGGUAAAGCACUACAACGAGAUGCUCCUGCAGGACGGGAACGUGCAGACGGAGAUGAUACUGAAGAAGAACGAGAGCGACUUCACCUUCUCGGGGGGCUGGGCGUUCCCGAGGAGGGUCUACUUCGACGGCCACGAGUGCGUCAUGCCACCGCCGGACCAGUACCCCUUGCUGCCCAACCGAGCCUCGGCUACGCGGCGGUCGCUGAUCUCCGGCCCUUGCUUGCUGUUGCUAAUUGUCUUCGUUCUGGUGUAGACUUACUCUUUCCCCCAACAAAAGGGGGGCAUAAGCACAUAUUUUCUCCA